AUGUUGAAUGCAGCUGUAAUGACGGUGCGGGACGUCGCCGUGUUCACAGAUAUGCGCAAUUUCAAAAUUAAUACUACAAUGAAGGAAGAGGCUUGCACCCAACCGGGCACCAUUAUGACCACAAAACUAAUCAAAGCGAGUAAAUUGAAUUUAAUAUUGCAAGCUACCGCCCCGUCGUCGUCUGCGCCCGCUGAGAGUCACAGCGACACACCAUGUAGAUUAUGA